ACUUGCCUCUUGCCAAACUGCUUCCUCGGACAAGAUGAAGCCAAGGAGGAGCUUUGUGACGCGCCAGAAUCGCAGUGACUGCUGCCCGGUUUAAAGCCGAUGUCAGACCGUGCCCCGGCUGCCUGGCGAGAUGAAAGAAGUGGUGUUGUGGUCACCCGAGGAGGUGACGAAUUGGCUGACGGAAAAUGCCGUGCCGGAGUAUUGUGAGCCGUUGAAGAGCUUCACCGGGCAGGAUUUGAUCAACCUCACGGAGGAGGAUUUUAAGAAGACACCUCUCUCCCGGGUGUCUUCGGACAGCGGCCAGCGGCUAUUGCACAUGAUCGAGACUUUAAAAAUGGCUCACCACAUGGAGGCUCACAAAAAUGGGCACGCCAACGGGCACAUCCGCGUCGGCGUGAGCAACGCCCCGCGCGAGAACGGCUUCAGCAGUAAAAUGAAGCUAAAUGGGAUGCCAAAUGGAUAUAAGAAGGAGAUGAUCAAGAUCCCCAUGCCAGAGCCAGAGCGCUCGCAGUAUCCUAUGGAGUGGGGCAAGACUCUUCUGGCUUUUAUUUACGCACUUUUUUGUUUCGUCUUUACCACAGUGACUAUCUCCGUUGUUCACGAACGAGUGCCUCCCAAGGAGGUGCAGCCUCCCCUACCUGAUGCAUUUUUUGAUCGCUUCGAUCGGGUGCAAUGGGCUUUUUCUAUCUGUGAAAUCAACGGCAUGAUCCUUGUAGGACUGUGGUUUGUUCAGUGGCUGCUCUUAAAAUACAAGUCUAUAAUUAGCAGAAGAUUUUUCUGUAUAGUUGGCACACUAUACCUGUAUCGGUGUAUUACAAUGUAUGUGACGACACUCCCAGUACCUGGCAUGCAUUUCAAGUGUUCUCCAAAG